AAUGAAAAAAAAAUAAUAUAUACAUCAAUAAGCACCCUUCAAGCCACAAGCAAUCUAAAGUAUAACUUUAUUUAACUUUAUUUAACGUUAUUUAUAAUUGAAACUUUUAUAGGGCACAUGUAUCAACAUGGACUUAUAAAAGAAAAAACCGGUGAUCCCUAUUCAAGUAGUCAACAAAUUGAUCUUUUUAAAAAAGAAUUUAUCACAGAAUUCGAUCAGAUUCCGGAAGAAGAGUUAAAAACAAAACUGGAUACAUUGGCUGAAGAAUACAAAAAUAAAGAACUUUAUGAUGCUCCACUGGCUUCGUUUGCUUCUCAUUAUGAUGUUAACAGUGUUAAAGGUUUCUAUAGAUCAGUGUCAGAUUAUUGUUAUGCUGCCAGCUUAGUUUGAAGCACCUUGUAAGUUACAAUUUUUUAUAUUAUUACAUAAAAAACAUUGAAAUGUCUAAUUAAUUCUUAUGGGUAAUAUUGUCUAGA